GAUUCUUUCUAACACAAGGUUGCAAAAGUUGCGUGCUAUAAAAGUAUUCAAUAACGAACAGUGAAUAGCGAUCGGACACAGGCUACGACCCGAAUUCCAGUGUUGAGUUAGUGCAGCAAACUCGGAAAGUUUUUAUUACGCACGAGAUUUACGUGAACUUAAGACGCGCGUUGACUGACCGCGGCGCUUCUGGACACGGGGGGCGCCAAAGUGCACGAUGGCAGGAAUGUGGCAGUGGCUUGCAGGCAUGUGGCUACUAAGCCAGUUAGCCAGUGGCACAAUAACCUGUAACCGUCAACCGUAUCACUCGCACUCCGAGAAGACGCCAGGCGACAACGGCUACAAGAUUAAGAUCAGCGGCAACCCUGAGAAAUAUGUCCCGGGGGAGGUGUACACAGUGAGCCUGCAGGGCUGGCGCACGCACUACUCAGUGCAGAAGUUCACAGGGUUCAUGUUGGUGGUGGACAGCGUCUCGUCAGCUUACCCCAGCAUAUAUGGUCCCCAGAGCGUCGGAACCUUUCAGCUGUACGGGGACGUGCUAACCAUGCACUCUGACGACUGCCCUAACGCUGUCGUCCACACGUCCAGCUCCCCCAAGAGCGAAGUCCAGGUCCUCUGGACCGCCCCGCCCGCGGGGUCUGGAUGCGUCAGGUUCAGAGCGAUGGUGCAGGAGAGUCGGGAGGUGUGGUAUAUGGACGACGGUGAGCUGACGAAGGAGCUAUGCGAGGAGGUGCAGCAAACCUUCGAUCUGCAGCCUGAGGCCAUCCUCGACUGCUGUGCCUGUGAUGAGGCCAAGUAUGAGGUGACAUUCGAGGGCCUUUGGUCCCGGCAGACGCACCCCAAAGACUUCCCCGCCAACGAGUGGUUGACGCAUUUCUCGGACAUCAUCGGAGCGUCGCACUCUGACGACUACCGCGUAUGGGAGUACGGCGGCUACGCCUCCGACGGCCUGCGUCAGGUGGCAGAGUGGGGCUCCACCAGGACCCUGGAGAGCGAACUCAAAAGACAGAGUGACCACAUCCGCACCAUCAUCAAAGCUCGGGGUUUAUGGUAUCCUAACGUCAACGGCAAAACAUUCGCGGUCUUCAGAGUCGACAACAAACACCAUCUCAUGUCACUCGUGUCCAUGUUGGGACCGUCCCCCGACUGGAUAGUGGGCGUGUCGGCAAUGGAGCUCUGCCUCAAGAACUGCUCGUGGGUGGGACAGAAAACCAUCAACCUUUAUCCCUGGGACGCAGGGACGGACUCCGGCGUCACCUACAUGUCCGCGAACCAGGCGACAAUCCCAAGACAGCGAAUUACCAAAAUCACCAACAGUUACCCUAACGACGAGCAAUCUCCUUUUUACGAGCCCCGUGGCCUCCCCAUGAAGCCGCUCGCUCGACUCACCAUCACCCGCCAGAGGGUCUACGAAAAGUCCUGCUCCGACACAGGCAUUAGCGACGAGGACUCGCUGCCGGACUCCGACGAGGACGCCCUCCGACCGGACUGCGCGGUGAGUCAGUGGUCGGAGUUCAGCGCGUGCUCGGUGACAUGCGGUAAGGGACUGCGCAUGCGCUCCCGCUCCUACCUCGUGCCGAUGAAGGCAACCGCCUCACUCUGCCGCCGGCAGCUCGAGGAGAAGGAGAUGUGCGCUGCGUCCAUUCCUUUCUGCGAUGGCGGCAGCAUCGACAGCAUCUUCGGUCCUGAUAAUAUCUUCGACGAAUCGGUGUGCGCGCUGUCGUCGUGGUCGCCGUGGAGCAGCUGCUCGGUGACGUGUGGCACAGGCUUCGUGAUGCGCAACCGGCACUACCUGGACCGCAUGGGGCGCAAGAAGUGCAGUGAAGAGCUCGUGCAGAAGGAGAUGUGCACCGCCUCGCCCCACGAGUGCGAGACCUCCAUUGAUGCCGAGGAGAUCACGGACCCGGCGUGCGCCGUAACGCAGUGGUCCGAGUGGUCGCCCUGCUCAGUCACAUGUGGUAUCGGGGUGCAGGCUCGUACCCGCGUCUUCUUGGUACCAUUCGCGAACCAGCAUCAGUGUGGCGUGGACACCAUGACCAAGCGCCAGUGUACCGGAGGCAGAGGCAACUGCGACAUUGAUCCGUCCGAAGCACAAGAGGUGUGCAUGCUGGAGCCAGAGGUAGGACCAUGUCGCGCCUACUUCGACCGCUGGUACUACGACAAAGAGCAACGCAUGUGCAUGCAGUUCAUCUACGGCGGAUGCCGCGGCAAUAGGAACAACUUCGAGCGAUACGACGACUGCACCAGACUCUGCGAGUUCGCCAGGGGUUCCAUGGACGCAGCCGAAAAUGACGCGUUCGAGGACGACUACAACACACACGUCACCGAGGGAGAAAGCGACCUCCCCCACCACCCCCGCGGGGGCAGCCAUCAGCUGACGACUUCACCCAGCAACUUCGCUCAGGCGCUCCCCCAGCGGGGCGGUCUGGUCAGCCAGAACCAGAGGGCGGCGCCCCGCGUGGACUGCGUCGUCAGCGAGUGGACGGACUGGAGCCCCUGCUCGACCACGUGUGGACGGGGACGGCGGGAGCGUCGUCGCGUCGUUCAGGUCGAACCUCAAAACAACGGCCGCGCCUGUCCCAGAAAACUUAUACGUCGCAAGAUCUGCCGGAACCCGAGAUGUGUGACACUCCACGGGGGACUAGAAUCGCUGAGUCUGACUCUCGAUUCAGACGCCACGCCUGAAUCUCGACAGCCUGAGUCUCCGCCUACGGGAGACUACACGCUCGACUACGGUGACGAAGACUCUGACUGCGUGAUGGGUGACUGGAGUGCGUGGUCGCCAUGCACGCAGUCGUGCGGGCCCGAGGCGCUGCAGCAGCGGGCCCGGUCCAUCGUGAGCAGGCCCAGGGGCAAGGGGGAGGCCUGUGGGGCCAGACUCGAGCGUCGCUACUGCUCCUUGCCCCCGUGUCCCCACAACAGAGGCUGAACCGUCCCAAGCUAAGUGUCCUUCUCGCCCCCCAUGUCGCCGUCGCCCUCAUGAAAAUCAUAGCUGCAUUAUCGGCGGCCAACAAUCGGCCAUCUAGUGACCGUAUAUUGAAGUUAAAUUACAUCGUUGUCAGUAGAAGCCAGGGAACUUUUUAGGCGAUCGCUUUUCCUUAGAAAGUUAAUGGGAACAUUUUUUGGUUGCUUUGGCGGUGAACGCAACAUGCUAGAAAUACCUAAUUUUCUUGUCUUGUCGGUACUCAAAAUCAGAAAAAUAAAUCAUGUCGUUCUUGAAAUAUAGAUGAGCGUGAAAUUGCGAUGUCAUCACGCAAAUUGGCUUUUCAAAUAAAUAGACUCUUCCCAAGGCAAGUUAAUUAUGAAUAUAUAUUCGGGUCUGUGACCAGCAUACAUUUUACAGAUACAUUUUAUGCUAUUUGAAUAACAUCGUUAAAAAGUCGCACUGAAUUACAAUGAUAGGCCGUGAGCUUUAUUCCAGCGGAAAAUGUGCUUGGGACAUUUGUCACGACGUUCUUUUUAUUAAAAUGCUAAGUUUAAAAAGUUUUUAUUUUUAAUGCUGUACCAUUAUGAAAUUUCAAUGCAGGAAUUUGCGUCGCUCUUAAUUUGGACGCAACGAAAUAGGUUUAAAUCUUAUUUAAAAUUAGCGUCGUGAUAAUUUUAUAUAAUAAAACAAAAUAAAAAUGAAGCAACUAAGAAGGAGCUUAUAAUGUCAGUCCCCAUUGAAUUGUCCUGAUAUUUGGCCGCCGUCCAUUAGGGCUUUAGGCUGGCGGCAGCCAUACAUUUCCCCUCACAUGCCUCUAGAGGGGAGGAGUGGAGGGUCACAUGCCUCUAGAGGGGAGGAGUGGAGGGUCACAUGCCUCUAGAGGGGAGGGGUGGAGGG